AUGCCCAUAUCAGCCCAGAACAGAAAUGGCCCAUGGACCCUUGCUCAGAUAGAAAACCGCACCCUCAGAGCUUCCAACGAGCAUAUGUACGCCCAUGCCCUCCUCAAACUCGACAGGGAGCUCUCCGAGCUGCACAAUAUGACAUGCGCCUUGCGCACCCGCCGGAACGUCCUCGUGCCCAUCUCGCGGCUUCCAUUCGAAAUUUUAGCACACGUAUUUACUUUAGCUGCAAGCGAGUCCGUCCCUCGACCCUACACGACAUUGCACGCUUCACAUACGGGAACAUCGGGCUCGCUCGGAUGGAUCGUCGUAACGCACGUCUGUCGGCAAUGGAGGGCAGUCGCAAUGAACAGCCCAUGGCUGUGGGCGAACUGCGUUUGCGCUCUCCCUGUUGCGGUGCGCGACCUCCUCGUGCGUUCUCGGAACGUACCUAUCGUCGUGUCCCAUGACUUGGGACGGUACCGCGUCAAGUAUGGGCCACUCAAAGCGAUCAAGCUUGCCUUGACCCAAAUUUUUCGCGUCAAGGUGCUUCAGCUGUGCAUAGAUGAAGAUAGUCUCGACGCCUUGAUGAAGACGCUACUUGCGACGCCUGCGCCCCUUCUCACAUCACUCGAGAUCUCACUUUCAGCAGACGUGCGCCUCUCAUUCCUUCAUCGCCUAGCGUCGCUCCCGCCCAAUAUCUUCGCAGGCGAGGCUCCACGCCUUCGCCGCGUAUCGCUAGUGAACUGCACGAUACCGUGGACGAGCGGGAUUCUCACAGGUCUGACACACAUCGAGAUCCGCCUGCAAUCUCUCACGGUCCCUGUAGAGGCCCUGCCCACAUCUAAUCAAAUAUUCACCGUCCUCGGACACUGUCCAGAGUUGCAGGAGCUCGUACUUGUAGAGACGUUGCCCGAAUCAGGACCCACCCGAGAGCAGCUGCACCUCCCCCGCCUCCAGCGGCUCGUCCUUUCUGAUAAGGCUCUCAGCUGCGCGCACUUUCUCCAGAACAUCUCCAUCCCACCCGGGGCCUCUCUCGAGUUGUCAUGCACGUCCCUCGGGCCAUCCGCGCAAUUCUGUCCUUCUCUCCUCUCACAUGUACAAUCGCACGCACGAACGUUACCCCGGCUCGUGAUCACAAGCGAUCGCACCUCGUGUCUGCGCCUGCGGUAUUUUCCGAUGGAUUCUCUAAGGGCAGAUCCGUGCGGGACAAGUGCUGCGCGGCCUCCGUUGGACAUCAACCUUUUCUGCUCGGAUCCCCGGCCCGCGAUCUACAUCGACACCCUCUGCUCGAGCAUUCCCCUCAAGGAAGUGCGCUUUCUCGAGUUGGAGAUUCCAGAGAAGCCGGCGCUCGAGCCCGAUCAAUGGGCCGUCAUCUUUGGACUCGCGCCACUGAUUCAAGACGUGAUCGUCCGCGGCACGUCCACCGCUCAGGGGGUGCUUUGGGCCCUUGGCACAUCACACGAUGUACUGCCGUGUCUGACGUCGCUCACGUUGGAGGGAGUCGAAUUCUCUUCUGACGCGGGUGCUGACGACGAAUCUCUGGUCGAGGCACGUCGCGCAUUUUUGGAGGCCUAUGCAGGGCACGGCGUCUCCGUCCGUAUCGUGGGAUGUACGAUCUGCCGAGAGGUAUUCAGUGAGCUCGAACAGCUCUCGUUUGCCGCGGGGAUCGACCUGCUCUGGGAUGGGAAGGAAUGCGGCGUCAAAGUAGUACGUGAGGCAGAAAACACCGAUGGGCAUUAUGGAAGAUUGGGGGACGAGGAUGAAGCAGACUAUGACUUUGAUGACGAUGUGGAAGAUGAGAGUAGCGAUGAAAAUUUCAGCGAUGAAAGUUCUGUCGACUAG